GAACCAUUCAACAUGUACAAGACAGUGCUAGCUCUGUGCCUGGUAGGAGCAGCGGUGGCUCAGUACGGACACCAUGAGCACCAUGAAAAGAAGCACGAAGAACACGUUGUCGAUUAUUAUGCCCACCCAAAAUAUAAAUUCGACUACGGAGUACACGACCCCCACACCCACGACGUCAAGAAGCAGGAAGAGACCAGGGAAGGAGACGUGGUCAAGGGCUACUACUCCCUCUACGAACCCGAUGGUACCGAGAGGAUCGUCCACUACACCGCAGACAAGAAGAACGGUUUCAAUGCCGUCGUAGAGAGGAAAGGACACGCUGUCCACCCUCAGCAUUACGGACACUCAUCCGAGUCAUACUUCAAACAUCACCACGACCACCACUAUUAG